AUGACAGCCUCAGACUUCGACAAAGCUUUGUUGGAGAUGACGCUGGAGGAGGAUGAAGAACCAUAUGUGCUACCCGAUAAACCGGAGGUUAAGGGAGUGGCUCUCUCCAAAGAUCGAUUUCAGUUCAUCUUCAAGUCCGAGCGUGAUUUGAAUCAUGUGCUGAACAGAGGACCGCAAACCAGCAACUCGUGGUCGAUUGUUUUGGACAGAUGGGUCGCGAAACCGCUGAAAGAUUACCUCAAGUAUCUGUUCGUCUGGGUCCAAAUGAGAAACUUACUGAAAAGUGAAAAAAUAACAAUUCCUAGAGGGGAAGAGGUCAUCAUCAGAUAUGACUAUGAACGGUUGCAGAAGAGAUGUUACACUUGUCAACGAAUGAGUCACGAACAAUCCAUGUGCCCCAUUGAGAGAGCAAGGAAGUUGAAAGUUUACGGUAAAGCUCCUGAAGUUAACCAAAGCGUCAAGGCUCAGGUUAUACCAAUGAUGGAGGUUGAUGAUCCACUGUUUGGAUUAUUUCCGACCAAGUUUAUGGGGAAGGAUCCUUUGCCAGGAAAGGAAAAAAUAGCUGAGGAAGUGUUGGAAGAUAUGAGACUACACAUUAUUGCAGCUUCUGGCCAGGAUAAGCUUGCACUGGAAGAAAGAGUGAAGAAGUCUCUUAAAGACUUGGAAGAUGACUCGAUGAUGAGGCAGAAAACUCUUUUGAGAUUAGAGGCUCCUCCAAUUAUUUCAAAGGAUCUAGAUAAAAGAAAAGGAUUAGUCUUCGACUUUAAGGCUAAGGAGGAUAAACACUUAAUGGGAGAAAAGUUGAUGGCGGGGGCUAUCUCAGCUGGUAACAAAGUGCUCCAAUCAGGAAAAGUUCUCAGCCAGCCGUUUCUCCAGGAAGAGAGUGAGGAGCCUGUUCAAUCAACAUUUCUUCAGGAAGGCUCAACGGGUUAUAACAUUGGGUUCCAUGAACCUAGUGUUUCCGGGGCUGCCCUGAAGAGAACCUAUAAGAGACGACGACAUGGCACAUUCACAAGAAAGGCAAAUGGGAAAGGAAUAGCGAAGAGCACUGUGAAACCCGGAAAGAAGGUGUGUGAAGGAGUUACAACAGAAACAAAAAGGAAGGCUAAUGAUGAUGUUGAGCCAUCUCAAAGCUCUGAAAGGUUUAAGAAACCAUUGGUGGUCCCAAAUGAGGGACCGUCCAAUAUUUAA